AUUCAUGACGUGAGAUGAAUCCUUGACCCCGCCUUCUCUCUCGUUUCUCUUGGCUGUUGAACUACGCGGCUCGUCAAAUUGGAGGACUUUGAGCGAGUAUGCCGUUCAAAACACUGCUGAGAUGAACAGCCUUCCUGUGACGAGACUGCCUAGCAUGGAAACGCCGCAUUCUUUUGUUUUUGAGCGAAGGAAUUAACUUUCAUUAACUACAAGAGACUUACAUUUAGUUGGCUCAAUGUCUGGGUACAAUUAUGAGAUACGGUUUGAGACAUAAGCAAUAGCCUAACCAUCAUUCAGCGGUUUGUUUAAAAAUGUGCGUGGACAAGUUAAUUUCCUGUGCGGCCAACAACUGCUAUGUUAAAUGUUGAGAUGUGCGUCUCCUAACCACGUGAGUAGGCUAUGCAUGGAUACAAGGAGGACGUCUGAGGGAAAAUUGAAACUCAAUAAGACAAGUCGUGGCAAGUUGGGGGUCAACGUAAACUGACUGAGUGACCUUCUGCAGAGUGAUGUAAACGUUGUUAGCAGUUUGCCAUGAUCAGACCCUCCCAGCUACCGGACAGCAUGAUGAGCAAGCCAGCCCAGGGCUUCAUGUCCUCUGUGUCCCCGCAGCAGAUUCUCGGGCUCGAUGGGCCGGUGGGCACGAUGGCUACGGCUUCCCUGGGGCGCCCCAUGCCAGGCCCCCUCCCCCGGUACCCCCACAGUGAGGCGAUGCAGUACAACGGCUCCUAUUUCUCCUAUCGCCUCUGCGGGCAAGACGGGGGCGGGGGAGAGCUGGCGUCCGCGUGGAGCCCCUCGAUGGCCUAUCUGGGGAGCAGCAGCAGCAGCAGCCCCACCGUGCCCACGGCCGCCACAGAGGGCUCAAUUAGGAGUCCGAUCGUUUACCGCCACGAGAAGGUGUCGCUCCCGGCGGGCUCCGGCGGCUCUCCUCUGAUUGUGGCGCAGGAGCUGGCUGGUAAACGGAUGCACGCGGUAGCAGGUUAUUACCCUGACAGGAGCCAGGCCCAGUGCAGCAGCAGCAGCAGCCCCAGCGCGGUUACACCUUCUGCUAUGAGGCAGACAGAGAGUCCGGUGGGGUUGGCCAUUCCCAAGCCAGUGUACGGUCACAACGCCUGCUGCUCGGACAUGCGCUGCACGGCCGGCUACAACACCAUGGAGCAGGGCCUGCACAGGACGCCCACAAGCAUCUACGAGGACGAGUGGCUGAUGGGGUACAGUAGUGCCGUGCCUCUCACUCCGUCAAGGAAGGACCUCGAUAUGCUGCUCGAGCAGAGAGGCUUGCAUGCAGAGCCCCGUGCGGAGAGAGCGGCUGGGAAAGAGGUGGCCUCUGAGGAAUUCUGUGACCUGGACACUUUUCUGAACCGGCGAGGAUCGGUCUACAGCGAUGUGAAUCACAGUAGCUAUGCAUGCAGCCCCACGAGCAGUGCGCCAUUUAUUGGUGCCCCCCCAGAUCCUUGCCAGCGCUUUCAGUUCCCCUCUAAGGAGUAUCCUGGCUUCCCCUCCUCCCAUCCGCACAUGUACGAUCCGCUCAGUGCUCAGUAUGGUGUUCCUCGCAAAGUGUACCCGGAGUACUCCCACCAUCCGAGCUACGUGCAGGUUCCCCAGCGCUCGAGGGCGUACUAUCCUCCUCAGGAUCACAUGGAGGCGCAGAAAGCCUCCGCGUGCACAGCGGGCAUGAGGAGGAAGUACAGCGACGGGACGCCCUCGCCGUCUCCCGAGAGACGGGACACGCUCAGCUCUCCCAUCCAGUGUUCGCUCCCCCAACACGUCCCACCCACCGUCUUCGCCAGCCCUCCUGCGCACUGUCACGUACGGUUUCCCAGAUACCGCUUCGCACCCAGAAACUUUGACCACCUGGCCUACCGGCCUUACCAGAUGCAUCUAAACGAUAGCCAUCCAAAAAACGCACCCGUAAGGCCUCCCUCGUGCCCCCUCCCACCUCGCCACGCCGAGAAGCCACUCGAUUACUCCCUACACAGGGGGCAGCCGGGGUCGUCUCCGUGCCAGUUCCCAGUGCCUUCCAGUCUUUCUGAGGUUGUGCCUCCCCCGCCUCAUACGCCCGAACACCGGAGUUCAAAGUUACACCAUGCAGGCAGUGUGAAAAUGCCUCCAGGUUACUACAUGGGUGCCACACACUUCCCUGUGGGUGUUGCUGGGAAAUACAGUGCUUCUGACAAGCAGCCGUCCGACAUGUCAGACCCAAAGGCGCAUUAUGGGGACUCGUUGGCGAAGUCACACUGUGAAACACAGCUCAACGCUAGGGACAAAGUAUCCAGUGGCGGCGCUGAUGUGUAUGAGGUGGAAGUGACCGCUAAAAAACGGAAAAAGAUCGAUAUGGUCCAGGAGACUGCAGCCUUGCCCAAGCCAGCCGCAUCUCCACCGAUGCCAGUCAUCAACCAGGUGUUCAGCUUGGCUCCUUAUAAGCUCUACUUGGAGGCUGCAGGCGUGCUGCCCAUGGUCAAGCGAUGCAACAGCGCCGAGGACUCUCCACAACUACCUGGCACGCCCAAACAAGAUCCUGAGAUCUCAGAGGGAAACGAGAAACGUGAACGCUGCGAUUCGCGUAAUUCAUACUCUGCUGACGGUUCCGAGGAAACCACAGAAACUGUGACCCUGAAAACGGAGAAAACAGACCAUCCGAGGGAGCACGCAGUAGAGAAUAGUCUAUGCAACAGACAAAUCAUCAAGAGGGAGUCUUGUACGGAUGCCACAGAAGGUGAGUGCAGGUCUGCUCUGAAAACAGAUCAACAGACAGACAGACACUCUCCUAUACUGGCUGAGGAUGCUGUGGCGAAGUGUAAAGUUGAGGUUACCUCAGGGCGCAACACAGAGACUACCGCGUCUUCCAAUAAAGGCACCGAAGACGUUGCUCCUGUGGUCAGACCUGCUGUGAAAUCACCACCACCAGUGACACUUGCCCUGAAAUCAGUGCCCUCGCCCCAAACGAACCCCAUCCAAAUGGACCUUCAGAACCUUGCCCUUAAAUCAGUGCCCUCGUCCCAAAUGAACCAACCAAUCCGAGUGGACCUUCAGAACAUUCCCCCGCAGUGCCUGAAACUCUCCACUCACAACAUCGUCCUCCCUGAGGUCCUGCAGACGUCUGUCAGACCCGUCCCUCUACCGCCACCGCCGCUCCUGAAAUUCCCCACUCUGCCGACGGCGCCCCAGUCCCCCGCUGACCCCACACCGGACGCCUCCGUGCAAAGGCAGGCACGGCACCAGUUUAUGGAGCUGCACCAGUCCCUGUGCAGGCUGAUCUACACCCUCGCCACGCAGACCCCUCCUCAAGAGCUCCGCGACUGGCUGUUCAAGAUGGAGCUGGGCAACAAAACCACAUACCCGCCCGAUAAGCACCAGAGGGUGGCCUCCAUGGUGGGCGCCAGGGCCCGUGAGGUGUGGGCGAGGACGGGCGAGCGGUCGCUGACCCUGCAGAAGCUCCUGGGCAAGCUGAAGGGCUACGAGGCGCACGGGGAGUGCCCGUUCCCGCACGUGAUGCGGGCCGGCGGCAUCUUCGUCCCCAUGCUGGUGGUAAAGGAGGGGCUGUUCCCGCAGGUGCACGGUACCUUCAUCGACCAGGUGCUGCAGGAGCAUCGGGUGGAGCUGCGCCCCACCACCCUCUCGGAGGAGAAGCACCUGACCCAGCUGCAGAAGCGGGCAUGCUCGUCCAAGCUCCGCAGGCUCCUGUCGCUCCGACACCUACCAGAUAUUUACGCCGACGUGCUCAACCUGUUCUACUACACCAGCGUCUGUAAGGCCCUAGAUUCCACUUCCCACGUUGCUGCCAAAAAGACACCUCAGAUGUAGCGCCUGAUGUGUCAAUCAAGACCGAACCAGAGGAUCUUCCUGAAGGAAAAGACACCUUGGGAAAUUUACCUCCCUCCUGCUGUCCUGAGGCGUCUCCACCAGAUUGUAAAAGCAUGCAGGGCCCUG